AUGGGCACAACUGUGAUAGCCAUUCCUGAGGGAGGGGGAGAGGCUGUUGCCCCAGUUCCCAAAGAGAAGAAUAAGUUUCAAGAUUCUCUUCAGCUUGUUACUUUCUUCCUUGGGGAAAAGAAAAAUAAGCAUGAUAUUGAUAAACUGACUCAUAGUUUCAAAGUUGGAAUUGCUCUUGUUCUGGUUUCUAUUCUCUAUUUACUUGAUCCUCUGUACAAGCAAGUUGGGGAGAACGCCAUGUGGGCUAUAAUGACUGUUGUUGUCGUCUUUGAGUUAUUCGCAGGUGCAACACUUAGCAAAGGCUUAAAUCGCGGACUGGGAACUAUAUUAGGAGGUGGAUUGGGAUACUUUGCUGCAGUUUUUGCUCGAGAAGUUGGUGGGGUUGGCAACGCCGUUUGUGUUGGCACUUCUGUAUUCAUAUUUGGUGCAGCAGCAACAUAUUGUCGAUUGGUUCCAAGAAUAAAAGAAAGAUAUGACUAUGGAGCAAUGAUAUUAAUCCUUACCUUCAACUUGGUUGUGGUCUCUGGCAUACGGGCUGAGGAUGUCCAACAAUUGGCUUGUGAACGUCUCAAAACAAUUGUUAUAGGUUUUUUUGUCUGCAUUUUGGCAAGCUUACUUGUCUUUCCCAUCUGGGCUAGUGAUGAACUUCAUGACUCCAUGGCAUCCAAAUUUGAAAACCUCGCUAGUUCUUUUGAAGUAUGCUUUGAGGAGUACUUCAGAUUAGUAUAUGAGAAGGAGAACGAGUCCCAUUAUAGUUUCAACCAUUGCAAAUCAGUGCUCCAUUCAAAGUCAAAAGAUGAGUCACUGGCAAAUUUUGCAAGAUGGGAACCAUGGCAUGGGAAAUUCGGAUUUUCCUAUCCUUGGGCAAAAUACCUUAAGAUUGGAGAAAAUCUUCGGGAUGUGGCUGCAACAAUCCUUUCAUUUAAAGGCUGUCUUCAGUCUUGUAGACAGACCUCACAAAGUCUGAGAGAACUAAUCAGAGAACCGUGUGAAGAGGUUGGCUCUUCAGUUGCAUGGAGCCUAAGAGAGCUUGGAGAUAGCAUUAAGAAAAUGAGAAGAUGCCAAACAGUCGAUUUGAUAAUGCCAAAGUUGAAGUCAAUGAGACAAGAGCUAAGUCUGGUCAUGUCUUCUUCUAUACUAGAACAGCUGGGGAAUGGUGAUGGACUUGAAGUGGCAAGCUUUUUGUUCACAUUGAUGAUGAUGGUAGACAAGGUGGAAGAACUAACAAAGGAGGUUGUAGAACUUGGGGAACUUGCUCGUUUCCAUGUUUAAUAGCAAAUUAUUCUACAAAAUGAUGGCCACGUUAAACCCUAUGAAAUAUGUCAAUUUUUGGCUGGUUGAACAAA